AUGAAGGUGUUCGUAGUGUUAUCCAUGGCUCUGGCCAUUGUAUCAGCGGCCGCAGUUGACGAGUCCGCCAAGAAAGACAAACGUGGCCUGUGGGAGUUGGGAUCGUAUGAAAACCAUCACGGUCUGGAUUCGGACAACUACAAUCAUCAGCACUUUGAUCAUCUGGGUCACAAGGAAGUCAAGAAGGUGACAACGAUCACCAAGAAAGUUCCAGUGCCAUACCCAGUUGAGGUUGAAAAGCAUGUGGCCGUUCCAGUGAAGGUUCCUUAUCCAGUUGAGGUCGAGAAGAAGGUCCCGGUGAUCGUUGAGAAGAAGAUCCCUUAUGUCGUCGAAAAGAAGGUUCCAUACCACGUCGAUCGUCCAGUUCCAUACCCAGUCGAAGUCAAAGUCCCAGUUGUCCACAAGGAAUACGUCGAAGUGCCGGAGGUUAAGGAACAUCAUCACGAGAAGAAGGGCUGGGGAUUGUUCUAA